AACUUGUAGAUUUUUCUUCUUUUUGGUAUUUUUCUUUUUAACUUUUAGAACAUAAAUAUGACUAAAUGGUCACUGUUUUGUGAAAUCUAUGAGGUGGUUAACUAUGUAAUCCAAGAUACUGUACAUGUGUGAUUUAUUUAUUUGAAUAUAAUUGGUAUGAUUUUGGACGGUAAUAUUCAGUAAGCAAUUCCAAGAUCACAUAUAUAAAUAAGGGUCUUUGUCAUCUUUAUCAUUCUGAAACACUGAAAUAUAGAAUAAUUAGUGGAAGAAAACUUUGAUUAUUUAUCAGUAUCUCCAAGUGUUCUGUUGAUUAGUUUCUUUUUACUCUAUACUCAUCCUGUCUGUAUUCUGUUGAAACCACGUCAGUUAAAUCUUUUUAGAAAGUUAUGAUAGUUUCGGUUCAGAUCUGUCGGAAAUGCCUAAUCGUAUCCUGAAGCUAGCUUUUUUUGUUUAAGUUCGUGCUUCUGUGUGAAAUGAAUUGAUGUGUAUCCUGAAUGACUAUUCUCUCUGUUUCAGAGGUAUAUUAGAAAGAAAUUGUGGAGGUUGUUCUUUACUGAAAGUCUUUCUCCUGAGUUCAUGAGAAAAUUGCAGGUGCUUUCCAUCUGUCUAGUUUGGAACUGAAAACUCUUUAGAAUUAUGCAUGUCUGGCCCUGUAGCAAUUGUUAAUGACGCUCAAAGAGCACUCUCUUUAUCUGAUAGGAUAAAGUCUCUUGAUCCCAUAGUAUCUAAUGAUGAAAGCCACUUAAAUGGAGAUCUUUCUCAUGCUUAUUCUGAAACCAAUGGCUUCAGAGCUCGAGAAAUCUUGCUUCCAGAUGGGGAAUCUUAUUCCGGAUCCUUGCUUGGAAAUGUCCCUGAGGGUUCUGGGAACUAUAUCUGGUCAGAUGGUUGUAAAUACGAGGGUGAAUGGAGAUCCGGGAUGAGGCAUGGCUACGGGAAACUUCGAUGGCCGUCUGGGGCUCUUUAUGAAGGUGAGUUUUCGGGAGGAUAUAUGCAUGGCUCCGGGAUGUACACUAGACCUGACAAUAUGACAUACAAGGGCCGGUGGCGGUUGAAUCUCAAACAUGGCCUCGGGUAUCAGAAUUUUCCCAAUGGAGACGUAUUUGAAGGAUCUUGGAUUCAAGGAACACCGGAAGGGCCUGGGAAGUACAUAUGGGCUAAUGGGAAUGUUUAUAUGGGGAAUAUGAAGUCAGGUAAAAUGUCGGGAAAGGGAACUCUUACUUGGAUCAGUGGUGAUUCUUAUGAAGGAAGCUGGUUAAAUGGUAUGAUGCAUGGAUUUGGAAUAUACACGUGGAGCGAUGGUGGUUGCUAUGUGGGAACUUGGACAAGGGGACUGAAGGAUGGAAAGGGUACAUUCUAUCCGAGAGGCAGCAGGGUUCCAACCGGUAAGCAAUUGUACCUUAACGCAAUGAGAAAACGAGGAGUGCUGCCUGAUUUAAGACAAGAGAAUCGGGCUUCCCAUUUUCAUCAAGCAACAUCAGGAGAUAGUCGUAAAGGUUCUGGUUGGAAUUCAUCAGAUAAAACUUCUAAGGGAAGCCUAAUAGAUCUGCAACGAUCUCGGACAACAAAUGCUUCCCUGGAAAGACGGUGGAGUCUUGAGGUAUCUAUUGAGAAAGUUAUAGGAAACGAGAGAUUGCCGAGCGUGUCUGACACAGUUUUAGAAGGUGGAGAUAACGAGUAUGGCAUUAAUAACCCUAUCUUGGAAAGAGAGUACAUGCAAGGGGUCCUAAUCAGUGAGCUUGUGUUAAGUAAUCGCUUUUCGCUGUCAUCUAAACAAGCAAAAAGGAGAGAGAAGAAGCUUGCAAAGGAGAUAAAGAAGCCAGGUGAACAAAUUAUCAAAGGCCACAGAAGUUAUGAUUUGAUGCUGAAUCUACAGCUUGGAAUCAGAUAUACAGUAGGGAAAAUUACUCCCGUGCACAGACGAGAAGUUAGAACUACUGAUUUUGGUCCUCGCGCCAGCUUCUGGAUGACCUUCCCUAAAGAGGGUUCACAGCUGACACCUUCACAUCCGUCCGAUGAUUUCAAGUGGAAAGAUUACUGUCCCAUGGUUUUCAGGAAUCUGAGAGAGAUGUUUAAGAUUGAUGCUGCGGACUACAUGAUGUCAAUAUGUGGUAAUGAUGCUCUAAGAGAACUUUCAUCUCCUGGGAAGAGUGGUAGUGUCUUUUUCCUCUCCCAGGAUGAUCGUUUUAUGAUCAAGACAUUGCGGAAAUCGGAAGUUAAGGUUCUACUGCGGAUGCUUCCAAACUAUCAUCUCCAUGUGCGCAGAUACGAUAACACUCUUAUCACUAAAUUCUUCGGUCUGCACAGGAUUAAGCCUUCCAGUGGUCAGAAGUUCAGAUUUGUAGUAAUGGGGAACAUGUUCUGCACAGAGUUAAGAAUCCAUCGAAGGUUUGAUCUCAAAGGUUCUUCAUUGGGACGUUCUGCAGACAAGGUUGAAAUUGACGAGAACACAAUACUUAAGGACUUGGACUUAAAUUACUGCUUUUAUUUGGAACCUUCUUGGCGAGAUGCCCUCCUACAGCAGAUUGAAACAGAUAGCAAAUUCUUGGAAUCACAGCACAUAAUGGAUUACAGCCUCUUACUAGGUGUCAAUUACCGAGCACCUCAGCACUUAUGCUCUCUUAUGUCUUAUGGUCGCCAUGUUUCAGUGGAUGGAUUAGGAAUUGUUGCAGAAGAUGAGGCUAUGGAGGAUGAAAUAUCUCCACAAGGACUUGUUUUGGUCCCCCGUGGAGCUGAUGACAGUAGUGUCGUUGUGGGCUCACACAUCAGAGGCAGCCGAUUGAGAGCAUCAUCUUCAACUGGGGGUGAGGAAGUGGAUCUUCUCCUGCCUGGCACAGCAAGACUCCAGAUACAGCUUGGGGUGAACAUGCCAGCAAGAGCGGAGCAUGUCCCAGGAAAAGAUGAGACGGAAAUGUUUCACGAGGUAUAUGAUGUGGUCUUAUAUUUAGGCAUCAUUGAUAUCCUGCAGGAGUACAACACGAGUAAGAAGAUCGAACAUGCAUACAAGUCCAUUCAGUUUGAUUCAGUCUCCAUCUCUGCUGUCAACCCCACAUUUUACUCUCAGCGCUUCUUAGAGUUCAUUAAGAAGGUCUUUCCAGCUAAUGCUGUGGAGGGCUGAUUUGAGCAGUUCUGAGUUUUUUCUCCUUUUUUUUUGAUAUGGAAGCAGUUCUGAGUUACACAUGCAAAGUCUGUAACUGUUCUUGUAUACUGUUACAGUAAAUAGAACUUGAAGUACAUUUCUUCUUUAAUUGGUUAUGGAUUUAUGAAAAAAGAAGCAUGUUCUUUUGUAGGAUGAUGUUAGUUAGCUACUGUUGGAGUGUCUAGUAGGGCUGUAAUUUUGUUCUAGUUGAGCUUUGGUGUGAGGAUUUGAAAUGAGGGAUUUUAAUUUU